UAUUAUCUUAUAUAAAAGCUCUUAUAUAAAAAUUAUUAUUAUUCUAGAAUAGUCUUUUUCGUAACUUUUCCCCUCUCUCUUUUUUCUUCGAUACAAAAACUCAUCUGGAUGAAAUUUGAUAACAUUCCAUUCUUUUAAACAAACGUUUUUUACCCGAGUUGUUAAAAUUUAUAUAUCACACAUUUGUAUCGCUCGUUAUUCAAUGCUUUUAACCUGAAUGAAACUCGUAUCCCGGAAAAGGCUGCCUAUUCAAACUGCUCACUCACUUUAAUACCAUUAGCUUCUUCGUUAACUGCGCUAUGAAUUCGAUGCUCAUCGUCUUGCUUCUUCUUCAUUUUGCCAUUUAUGGAUCAUUUAAGAAAUAUGAGGAGAAAGAAGAUAUUCGUUUUCUAUUAUAUACUAGGAAAAACCCUAUGGCUCAUAUUCUCGUUGUCGGGAAUAAUGAAACAUUAAUUACUUCAAACUUUGAUCCCAUUCAUGCAACUAUUUUUCUGGUUCACGGCUAUAUGACUAACGUAGAAUGGUCGCCGCAAUGGAGAGAAAUGAGAAAAGAGCUGCUAAAUCGUGACAAUUUUAAUGUCAUUGUUGUUGAUUGGUUAACACUAAGUUCAGUUUCUUAUGAAAAAGCAGCAUCAAAUGCAGAAACUGUGGGAAAAGAAGUAGCAAAUUUAAUUAAAUUUCUUAAGAAUUCUGUAAGGACCAAUCCUGUAGAUGUCCACAUAAUAGGUCAUGGUAUAGGAGCACAUAUUGCUGGUUUUGCAGGAAAAAAAAUAAAAGUCGGGCGAAUAACAGGAUUAGAUCCUGCUGUUGCAUAUUUUAAAAAUGUUCCUUCAAAUCUUCGCCUUGAUAAAUCGGAUGCAUAUUUUGUAGAUGUUAUUCAUACUGACAUUGAGAAUGCAGGAAGUUCUGGAUUAGGAACUUCUGAAAUCAUUGGUCAUGUAGAUUUCUUCCCAAAUAACGGAAAUGAUCAGCCCAAUUGCAGAUUGCAAUCAUCAGAUUUAAUAAAAGGAGCUUCGUAUAAUUACGACUGUGACCAUAAUCAAGCUCUAACUUUCUUCAUUAAUUCUAUAAACAAAUGUAAUUAUGUUGGCAUCAAAUGUCCGGACUGGAUCUAUUUUUUAUCAGAAAAGUGUUUAGACUGUGGACCAAGCAGUGCAAACUGUGCUUUAAUGGGUUUCAACUUGGAUCACAGACAAAUUAAUUUCGCUGCAAGAAGAAAUGUUUUCUUUUUGAAAACAUCUAUGUAUUCACCAUUUUGCGGAAUUUGACGACAAAAUAAUUUUCUAAAGGAAAAAACAUCAUGCUUGAAUGCUGUGAAAGAACUGUAUAAUUUGUGAAUUUGUUUGUGUGAUUUUAACAAUAAAUAGAUAUAAUAUAAC